GCGUGCGCACGCGCUGAAGAAGGUAAUCCCGUGCGUGCGGACGCGCUGAAGAAGGUCAGGGAACCAAGGACUUCGACCCGCCAUGGCAUCGUGCUCGGCGGGAAUUCGUUCCCUUGGUAUUCGAGGUCUAUCGUGUCAUGGCGCGGCGACCGUGGCGCGAACUGUGUCGCCCGAGUUCCGUCCAUUGCUGACCUCAGCUCAUUGCGGCGGGUUGGCUGCCACGUUGCAGCUGGGAGGUCGGGAGGGAGAGGAUGUCUCCGUCCCUCCAUUCGGGGCCGGGGCGGGGAGGUUACAUGCUGCACGAGCGGGGCAAGGCGUUCUUGAGAGACAACACCAAAUGCCGCGCAUGGGCGGGUCGAUGUGCAAAGCCAUGGCGUCCUUCUCUGGUGCUGCUGCGUCUUACGAUGUGCAGGUGACGGGGGCUGCGAAAAAAAUUGGCGCAGUUAACCAGGGAAGCGUGCCUGCGGACGAGCUUCUCAAGUGCGCGGAGAUGGCGGCAAGGAAAGGCGCGGAGGUGGUCAUGGAAGCUAUUGACAAGCCAAGGAACAUUGCCUACAAGGGAGGCUCGACAGAUUUGGUAACAGAUACAGACAAGAAGUGUGAGGAUGCCAUUGUUGGAGUCCUUCGGGAGACGUUUCCUGAUCACUUACUCCUUGGAGAGGAGGGUGGCGUAGAGUUUUCAGGCGGUCCUUUCUGCUGGGUUACUCGAACAUUCACUGCAACAUCAGGUGGAGGUGCCUUCUGCAAUGGGAAGUCCAUUUCAGCGAGCGAUACGGACAUGGUAGAGAAAUCUUUGCUGGUGACUGGGUUCGGGUAUGAACAUGAUGAAGCUUGGUUGACGAAUCUGGAUCUCUUCAAGCACUUCACGGAUGUAAGCAGGGGGGUACGACGUCUUGGAGCUGCUUCAGUUGACAUGUGUCAUGUGGCCCUGGGUAUUGUUGAAGGGUAUUGGGAAUAUAGGCUCAAGCCAUGGGACAUGGCAGCCGGGGCCCUGAUUGUGGAGGAGGCCGGUGGAACAGUGACUCGCAUGGACGGUGGUGAUUUCACCGUGUUUGAUAGAUCGGUUCUUGUCUCGAAUACCAAGAUUCACUCGCAGCUGCUUGACCAGACUGGACCUGCCACGACCAAGCUGAUAUCUGCAGGAUUCGAUUUUUCACAAUGGUUCAAGCCUGAGGAAUACCAGACUGAUGAAUGAUGGCGGUAUACCUUGAGCGGAACGGAGACGGAGUUUCUGCGUUCAUUCUUCUGCUGUUCCCUGCUUUGGUAUAGGGAGACCAAACUGGCUGUGUCGGAACCACACUGAGCAGUUGGUCGCAGGUGGUCCUUUAUACACUGUUGGGAACAUUGUUUGAAGUUUGAACACUUGUUUUUUGCAGAGAUUACCACGUACUGUGUUGAAGACAAAAGGACUGUGAAGCCAGGGGACAGCAAUGCUGCGGCAAGAUUUGCCACUGCUGCUGCAUGCAGCUGUGGAUCACUUCACAAUAACUGUACCGGCAGCAUCUCUAAUUUGCUAGCAUGUGGCCCCGCUAUAAAUCCCGCUUAGUGUAGCCAGACCCCCACUGGCAGCCCCAACCCUAUACCCUAACGAUUAGGGGCAAGGGGCAACAUGAAAUCUCCCCUUCACAGAGGGAGGAAACUAUGCUUGCAGGGGUCCCCUCUAGAUAGUCUUAGGAGUAGGUAGUGGAAGGCAAACAAACAGAAGUUGAGAGAAGAAUAUAGUAAAAAGGAAAGCAGUAACUCACCGUACAAUGUAUGUAAUAGGUAUACAUUUUACAGCUAUGCAAUGUAUAGAUUGGUAUAUUUGAGUGGGAAAAAAAAAAAAAAAACAAGUGUCUUUAUAAAAAAAAAAAAUUGGUAUAUUUGAGUGGGGAAARAAAAAAAAAACAAGUGUCUUAAAAAAAAAAAAAAAAAAGGGUCACGGAGCAGGUUGUGAAGCAGAGGAUUGAAUAAGUCGCGGACUCGCAGUUGAGGUAGAUCUGCAGUCGCUGACGGAGUUGCUGUUACUGGCUGCUAGAGUGUGUUUUCUUUUUUUUUUUUACUGCCUGCUGGAGUGCUAACAACAACUUUCUUUCAUGUUCUUUCUUUCCGCUCUUUUUUCACUUUAAGAAAAAAUUGGAACUACAGCAAAGGUAGUAGGAGGGCAGAGGCUAUGUGAACGAAUUUUCUUGAGCGCGUUCUAGCAUCGGAUGGGAGUGGAAGUGCCCUUCGAAACCAUACGGAGAGCGUAAAGGGGAUCUGGAACCACUUUAAGGAUACUACUUCGAACUUUGAACUCUGAAGUUGUUGUGCACCAACUGUAAUUGACACAAGUAGGGGGACAUGCAGAGUGUUGUGAUGUGAUUUCACCCGGCCAAGCAGUCUAACGCACAAGAGGGGUGCAACCGUACAAGCGGGUAACGGGGACCACCACUUUCGGCUCCUGAGUAAGGGGUCCAAAACUGAAAUUAGGGUUCGGGGGUCAAAUUUUAUGGGUUUUUUUUUUCUUGGGUUUUGUUAUAAAUGGCAUGAGAAGGUGGCUGAAAAUUGAGGCCACUGUUAACCACCUCUCCAUUCCCUUGGUAUACGAGUUUGAGAUUUAUCUGCGGUGUUC